UAUGUUUAAAAAACCACCUUGUGCAUCUGGAUACUUUCUGCAUUUGCCACGCAUGCACUUAAAUCUAAUCGUAAAGCCUCAUUUUCCCUUAAAAUUUUGAGGCAAUGUAUAGGAUGUACCAAUUUUUGACUAGCAGACAUUGUUUAUUAAUUAAAUUGUAAUUUUUAAGACUACGAAGUAGCUUUUGUGCAUGUAAUUUUUCAUCAUUUGUUGAUUUUUUUACUUUUUUCCUAGUUCAAUUUUAUAUACAAAAUGGCUACAGCAAUGCAAGAACGACAAGGAGAAGAAGAAGAAGAAGAUUGUGGUCCAAUAUUAGUGAGUAAGCUUGAACAACAUGGAAUAAGUACAAGUGAUAUAAAAAAGCUGUCUGAAGCUGGGUUUUAUACAGUCGAAUCCUUAGCAUACACGCCAAAGAAGACAUUGUUAGCUAUCAAAGGAAUAAGUGAAGCAAAAGCUGAUAAAAUAUUGAAUGAAGUUGUUAAAUUAGUACCCAUGGGUUUUACUACUGCCACUGAAUUUCAUCAGAAGCGCUCUGAAAUUAUUCAAGUUACAACUGGUUCAAAAGAAUUGGAUAAAUUAUUACAAGGUGGUAUAGAAACUGGAUCUAUUACUGAAAUAUUUGGCGAGUUUAGAACUGGUAAAACACAAUUGUGUCAUCAGCUAUGUGUUACCUGUCAGCUACCUGUAGAUUGUGGUGGUGCUGAAGGUAAAGCCAUGUAUAUUGACACAGAGGGCACAUUUCGUCCUGAACGUUUGUUGGCAGUUGCUGAAAGAUAUGGCUUAAAUGGACCUGAAGUGCUUGAUAAUGUUGCUUAUGCACGUGCAUAUAACUCUGACCACCAAACCCAGUUACUUAUACAUGCAUCAGCAAUGAUGUCAGAAUCUAGAUAUGCGUUAGUUAUUGUUGACAGUGCUACCGCUUUAUACCGAACAGAUUAUUCUGGUAGAGGCGAAUUGUCUGCUAGGCAAAUGCAUUUGGCACGUUUUUUGCGCACAUUACUUCGACUUGCUGACGAAUAUGGUGUUGCUGUUGUGAUGACAAAUCAGGUUGUUGCACAAGUUGACGGAGCUUCAAUGUUUCAAUCUGAUCCUAAAAAGCCAAUUGGUGGACACAUUAUGGCUCAUGCAUCAACAACAAGACUGUACCUUCGAAAAGGACGUGGUGAAACUAGAAUCUGUAAAAUAUACGAUUCACCAUGUCUGCCUGAAGCUGAAGCAAUGUUUGCAAUAAAUCCAGAUGGUAUUGGUGAUUCUAAAGACUAAAUAUACUUUUGUUUCUUGUGUUUAGUCACUUUAAAGGGUUCUUAAGUAGGUCUUGUGACGUAAAGAUACUGCUAAAUCAUGUCUAUAUUUCACUUUUUGUACAUAGUCUAUAAACUGGUUUGCUGUGUUUUAUUGGUUUUGUUUAUGUAAAAUUAAUGGCAAUUUUUUUAAAAACUCUUUUAUGCUUAUAUAGUUGUUUGAGGCAUGAAAAUUACUUUAGUAUAUGGCUGUUUUGUGCCUUUAAGCAAAUAUUUUUAAGAAAAUGUUGUUACA